GCGUGCGCAUCUCACUUCCGUAUAAAAGGAGGCCUCGCCUCCUGACCACUAUCCUUUACUCUUCAGCGAGCGGAGGUGGUAACCUAGCACUGAGUCCGAGACGUACAAGUGGGAGAAAGGAAGUAGAGAGAGAUAUUGUUGAAAAUGGAGCCACUCCUGGAGCAUCGCAGUUGCCCGUCGUGCCCUGGACUGAUUGCGGGAGCAGACCCGCAUCGCCAAUGUUUUCAGUGCCUGGGACAGGAUCACGCUGAGCAGGGAGCAGGCCAGACACCGGCCUGUGUUUCCUGCUGCUCGAUCCCGAUGCUAAACCGCCGGCAUCGUGCGGAGUACUUCUCGAGGAAGUUCGGCCCGCAGGUGCACGGAGAGGAAGAGGAUGUGGACCUCGAGGUGGUGGAAAUGGACGACCUGGAGGACGUGCCGUUUGAGUUCGUCCUUCCGAGGGACCGCGUGGUCGACUUCACGGAGGAUGACGACAUCUCCUUGUCCGACACCCCCGGGUCCGACAGCCAGGAGGGCCCAGCACUCAGGUCUGCGCGACUGGACUUCCCAGCGGUGAUGACCCAGGCAGCGGAGCGUGUAGGCUUACCGCUCCCCCCACCGCUGCCACCGAGGGUGCAGGGCCGAUCAGACACGGUGUGUGCUGGCGUGCCCCCCCUCGACGAGAGCCUGGCGGCCCAUCUGUUGCCACGAUCAGCUGGUUGGGCGGAGGGGAAGAAACCUCUGCCCCCGCUGCCGCGGGACCGGGAAGCCUUAGAAUAUUUGGAUAAAAUAUUCAGGCUCGGUGUCACAGCGUCCUCCGCGGGCGGCGGAGCGCAGUGCAACGGUGAGACGGAGGGAGAGACGCCGGUACGAAAGUCCCGUGCCGGUAGCACCCUCCGCUUCUUCAACCAGCCCCGUGGGGCCAGCGUACCGGCACUCACGGGGGCGGGCUGCCCGGCCACGGCAGUCUCAGCAGCAGCAGAGAACCGCCGGGUGGGGAGCUCCGCCAAAACGCAGCUGACUGGCGGAGGGAGGAAGCGUCUCAUCGGGUCUCUCCACCCAGGACGCUAG